CGCCUGUGGGAAAGUCGGGGCACCCUUCGCGGCCGCCGCCACAGCCUCGCCCGACUUGCUGCCCUGUGCCCCCCGGGCCCGCGAGCAGUGAGGAGCCCGCACGGGGUCCCGAGCGUCUGGGCGGCGGCGGCGCCGGCGGCGUGAGCCAUGUUGAGGAGGAUUUUGCAGAGGACUCCUGGAAGAGUUGGCUCCCAAGGUUCUGAUUUAGAUUCAUCUGCAACUCCUAUAAACACAGUGGAUGUCAAUAAUGAAAGCUCUUCAGAGGGUUUCAUCUGCCCCUUAUGUAUGAAAAGAUGUAUAACUGCUAUUGAUUUGUCGGAGCAUUACCACAAAGUUCACGCUGAAAAUGAAACAAGAGGACAGGACCUUCUUAAUGACUCCAGUGCCACUGGCUUCAUAUGUCCCCAGUGUAUGAAAUCUCUUGGAUCUGCUGAUGAGCUUUUCAAACACUACCAGGCUGUCCAUGAUGCUGGCAGUGAUUCAAGUCAUGGAGAGGCUGAGCUUGCUUUGAAGCGAGAUGAUGUAACACUACUCCGCCAAGAAGUCCAAGACCUACAGGCUUCACUUAAGGAAGAAAAAUGGUACUCAGAAGAAUUAAAGAAAGAAUUAGAAAAAUAUCAAGGGCUGCAACAGCAAGAAGCUAAACCUGAUGGAUUGGUGGCUGACUCAUCAGCAGAACUGCAGUCUUUGGAACAACAGUUAGAGGAAGCUCAGACAGAAAAUUUUAAUAUUAAGCAAAUGAAAGAUUUAUUUGAACAGAAAGCAGCCCAACUUGCUACUGAAAUUGCAGAUGUAAAGUCAAAAUAUGAUGAAGAAAGGAGCCUUCGGGAAGCUGCUGAACAAAAAGUGACACAUUUAACAGAUGAAUUAAACAAAACAGCAACUGUAAUUCAGGAUUUGAAGACUGAACUGCUUCAGAGACCUGGGAUAGAAGAUGUUGCUGUGCUGAAGAAAGAACUGGUCCAAGUUCAGACACUAAUGGAUAAUAUGACCUUGGAGCGUGAGAGAGAAUCUGAAAAACUCAAAGAUGAGUGCAAAAAGUUACAAGCCGAACAUGCUAACUCAGAGGCCACAAUAAGCCAGCUACGGAGUGAACUUGCCAAAGGCCCUCAGGAAGUUGCUGUAUAUGUGCAGGAACUACAAAAGCUCAAAAGUUCAGUCAGUGAAUUAACAUACAAAAAUCAGAACUUGACGGAAAAAUUACUGAAGAAAGAAGUAGAUUAUACCCAGUUAGAGGAAAAGCAUAAUGAAGAGUCUGUGAGCAGAAAGAAUGUUCAAGCCAGCCUUCAUCAGAAAGACCUCGACUGCCAGCAGCUGCAGUCCAGACUGUCUGCGUCGGAGACUUCUCUGCAGCGGGCACAGGCAGAGCUCAGUGAAAAAGGAGAGGCUGCCCAGAAGCUGAAAGAAGAGUUGUCCGAAGUGGAGACCAGAUACCAGCAUCUGAAGGCAGAGUUUAAGCAGCUGCAGCAACAAAGAGAAGAGAAGGAGCAGCAUGGGCUACAGCUCCAGAGUGAGGUUAAUCAGUUACAUAGCAAACUUUUGGAGACUGAACGCCAGCUAGGAGAAGCUCAUGGUCGACUGAAGGAGCAGAGACAGCUUUCAAGUGAAAAGCUGAUGGAUAAAGAACAACAAGUAGCUGACUUACAACUCAAACUUUCUCGUUUGGAGGAACAGUUGAAGGAAAAAGUAACAAAUUCCACAGAGUUGCAACAUCAGUUAGAUAAAACAAAACAACAGCAUCAAGAACAACAAGCUCUUCAACAAAGCACUACAGCAAAACUACGAGAAGCUCAGAAUGAUUUGGAACAAGUCCUACGUCAAAUUGGUGAUAAGGACCAAAAGAUACAGAACCUUGAAGCCUUAUUACAGAAGAGUAAAGAAAACAUUUCAUUAUUAGAAAAGGAAAGAGAGGAUCUCUACGCCAAAAUCCAAGCUGGUGAAGGAGAGACUGCAGUUCUUAACCAACUGCAAGAAAAAAAUCAUACACUACAGGAGCAAGUAACUCAGUUAACAGAGAAGCUGAAGAAUCAGUCAGAAAGUCAUAAACAAGCCCAAGAGAAUUUACAUGACCAGGUCCAAGAGCAGAAGGCGCAUCUCAGAGCUGCACAGGACCGUGUCCUUUCCCUUGAAACCAGCGUCAGUGAAUUAAAUAGUCAGUUGAAUGAAAGCAAAGAGAAGGUCUCCCAGCUCGACAUUCAGAUUAAAGCCAAAACCGAAUUACUGUUAUCAGCAGAAGCAGCAAAAACUGCUCAAAGAGCAGAUCUUCAGAAUCAUUUGGACACAGCUCAAAAUGCUUUACAAGAUAAACAGCAGGAGUUAAAUAAAGUCAUUAUGCAGUUGGAUCAGGUCACUGCAAAGUUACAAGAGAAGCAGGAACAUUGCAAUCAAUUGGAAAGUCACCUUAAAGAGUAUAAAGAGAAACACCUUUCUUUAGAACAAAAAACUGAAGGGUUAGAAGGUCAAAUUAAGAAACUAGAAACCAAAAUUCUUGAAGUUAAAACAAGCAAAGAACAAGCUUUGCAGGACCUUCAACAGCAAAGACAGCUAAGCACAGAUUUAGAGCUUAAGACCACAGAAUUGAGUAAACAACUUGAAAUCGAGAAAGAAAUAGUAUCCAGCACAAAAUUGGAUCUACUGAAAAAAUCUGAAAACCUUGAAAGUAUUAAGCAAAUGUUUACCAAGCAAGAGGAGGAAAAUGCUAUCCUGAAACAAGAACUUGAAAAGUUCAGUCAAGAUGCGAAGAUGCAGCAAGAGGAAUUGAAUAACAAACUUCAGACAGCACAAACGGAACUAAAGGAAGUAAAAAUGGAAAAAGAAACACUAAUGACAGAACUUGCUACAGCAAAAGACAGAUUAUCAAAAGUAUCUGAUUCUUUGAAAAACUCCAAAAGUGAAUUUGAAAAGGAGAAUCAGAGAGGAAAAGCUGCUAUAUUAGAUUUGGAAAAAACUUGCAAAGAAUUAAAGCAUCAAAUUCAGGUGCAAACAGAAAGCACACAAAGAGAAAAGAAUGAACUGAAGAAGUCACUUGAAAAAGAGAAGGAGGCUUCUCAUCAGUUGACUUUGGAACUCAGUUCAAUUAAGGAACAAGUUUUACAGGCCCAAAAUACUUUAAAACAAAAAGAAAAAGAACAGCAACAACUUCAAGGAAACAUAAAAGAGCUAAAGCAAUUGACUGAACAGAAGAAAAAGCAAAUAGAAGCACUUCAAGGAGAAGUUAAAACUGCUCUUUCACAGAAGGCAGAGCUUGAGAAUAAACUACAGCAGCAGUCAGUGCAAGCAGCCCAGGAGCUCGCAGCAGAGAAAGAGAAGAUAGCAGAGUUACAGAAUACCUGUGAGACAUCCCAGGAGAAUCUAAAACAGCUUCAAUCUGACUUCUACGGGAAGGAAUCUGAACUUUUAGCCACAAGGCAAGAUCUUAAGUCUGUAGAAGAGAAGCUUUCUCUAGCACAAGAAGACUUGAUUUCAAACAGAAAUCAAAUUGGAAACCAAAAUAAAUUGAUUCAAGAACUAAAGACUGCCAAAGCUGCUUGGGAGCAGGAGUCGGCAAAGAAAGAGCAACAGUUGAAAGAACAGAGUAAAGCAUUACAAGAUACGCAAAAAGAAAAGUCAAUGAAAGAAAAAGAACUACUGAACGAAAAAUCUAAAUUGGCAGAGAUAGAGGAAAUUAAGUGUAGACAAGAAAAAGAAAUCACUAAAUUAACUGAAGAACUGAAGUCCCACAAACAAGAAAGUAUAAAGGAGAUAACAAAUCUCAAGGAUUCCAAACAGCUUUUGAUUCAACAGAAGUUAGAACUUCAAGGGAAAGUAGAUUCCCUGAAGGCGACUCUUGAGCAGGAGAAGAGAAACCAGCAGACGCUGAAAGAGCAGCUGAAGAAGGAAGAAGAUGACCUCAAGAAGGAGUUUAGUGAGAAGGAAGCUCAAAUGCAUUCGGAAAUAAAAGAAAAGGAAGCAGGAAUGAAGAAACAUGAAGAAAAUGAGGCCAAACUUACCAUGCAGAUUACAGCAUUGAAUGAAAACUUGGGCACUGUAAAGAAGGAGUGGCAGUCCAGUCAACGGAGAGUUAGCGAACUUGAGAAGCAAACGGAUGACUUACGGGGUGAAAUUGCAGUCUUAGAAGCCACGGUUCAGAAUAAUCAGGAUGAAAGGAGAGCACUGCUAGAAAGAUGUCUUAAAGGAGAAGGUGAAAUAGAAAAACUUCAGACCAAAGUGUUAGAGUUGCAAAGAAAGCUGGAUAACACGACUGCAGCGGUGCAGGAGCUGGGCAGGGAGAACCAGUCCCUGCAGAUCAAGCACACACAAGCACUGAAUAGAAAAUGGGCUGAGGACAACGAAGUACAAAACUGCAUGGCCUGCGGGAAGUGCUUUUCAGUCACAGUGAGACGGCAUCAUUGCCGACAGUGUGGAAACAUCUUCUGUGCUGAGUGUUCAGCCAAGAAUGCCUUAACGCCUUCCUCCAAGAAGCCCGUGCGCGUCUGUGAUUCAUGUUUCAAUGACUUGCAAGGGUAACGGGUCGCCAUGGCAUACAACUGUGUUACGCUACGCCAGAUUUUCAACACGUGUGCUUAGGAGAGGUCUUGGGACUGUUUGAUUUGGACUUCGGCUGCAAUUCUAGACCAAAUUAGAGUUCGUAUAUUUUGGAAUGUUAUCAAUAUCAAGUAAAAGUCUUCUAUUUUUGUGAGGCUUGGAUUCAUCUUCAUUACCUUUUUCCAUUUAACCCCUGAGAUAGCUUUCAUGCCAACUCCGACUUAGUCAAUGAAAUGUAAAUAAACUUUGGACAGAAAAUAGCAAUGUAUUUUUUUAAAUAUAAUUUCAUUGUUCACAAAUGAUGAAUACAAUUCCAUAGCUUACUUCUUUCUCCCAAAUUGUAUGUACAAAAGUGAACAUGAAUGAUGUUAUCACUUGCUUUUGUUGCACAAUAACAUUAGUUAUAUUAAAUAUUCUCUCUGUGGAAUCAUGCACAGGACUGUAACACUUUCUUUUUCUUUUCUAUAUAGGUGUGUAGCUCAAUUAUACUGUUUUGUUACAAAUUUACUACUUGGGUGUUCUAAAUAUAGUUUAUGUUAAAGUAUAUAUUAAUCAUCAGUUCAAAUAUGGCUUUUGUUUUAACAGUAUUGAUUAAAUUCCUCAGUACAUUUUAUAAAACCCUCUAUAAAAUCAGUUUGCUUACUUUGUGGGAACCCCAGGGUUAUGUUUCAAAGAUUAGGGUUAAUUUUUCUUUUUCUUUGUGUCUCUUUUAUCUCAGUUUUAAACUUCCACAUACUGUCCAUUAAAAUUCCUUUAAAACCUCUUACUUUCUCAGUUGGAGGAGGAAGAAUAGAAAUUGUAUAGUGGUCUAAUUCUUACUUUCUUGUUAAUGAGAAAUCUUCUGAGAUUAGCCUUCAUGUUAUAACCUUAAUACUCUUACCUUUGUCUGCAUCUCCAGGAAUCUGAGUUUGUAUUUUUAAAAGAUCUGCCUCUUUUCUUUUACUUGGUUUGAUCUUCCCAAGCAUAGCUCAGCUUCACUGUAAUUGUUUUUAUCAAUAUGGGUCUUAAAGUUAGACAUUGCUAUAGUCUUAUCCUUGAAAACAAAAUGUAAAGUGAUAGAAAAGAUAAAAUAUUCUAUUUUAUAUUUUAAUUUUACCUAACAGCAAAGAAUUUUAGAAAAUUGUUAAAAAUGACUUACUCUUAAAAUGGUUCUAGGUUAGAGUUCUAUAUUAACUGGAAAUGUUAUCUGCAAAAAAUAUGCUUGACAUUAUCUUUAAGUAACAGCUAGAGACUAGUGUAUCACCUAAGAAAGAUGUAUUUAGGAGCCCUCAUGUUACAGUGAACACUGAAACAGAUUUGCCAAGCACCUUAAGGAUAAUUAAGAACCUACUCGUAUGGUGAACAGUGAAAUUGAAUUUUAAUAUUUCAUAGUCUUAUUACUUUGAAAACUGGAAAACAUCUAAAAGCAGCAUUUAUUAAUUUUAAUUUAUCUUUCUAGAAAAGAAACUUUAAAGUAAUACAUUCAUUCACUGCAUUCACUUAAUAGCAGAGGAUGAGAGUUAAUAUUUCAUUUAUAAUAACAUAAUAUACACUUGCUUUCAAAUAUCACACUGAAAUGAAACAGUCACAUUUACAUAAUAUCUAGAACAUAGGUAAAAUGAUUGCCACAUACUGGUUUAAUUAUUUUAAAAGUAAACCCUGUUGGCAGUAGCUGUUAAGGACAUUAAUUAAAUUUCUGGACUUAGAUAAACAUACAUCUUUGAGCAUAUGUAAUAAAUAAAUGCAAUUUCUAUCAAAAUAAUACUUGGGUAAUAUAAACAGAGCUAUUCAUGGAUUUUUAUAUCAUAAGUGCUUUCAAAUAGUAUUAAGUUUAUACUUUUACAUUCAAGUAACUUAAUGAACUUGUUAGCAAAACCCACAGCACCACCAUUUUUUUGUUAGUUUUAAGGCAGUAGAACUUUAGGAGAAUUCUGGGUGAGAAUGUUUCUUUGCUUCUUCUCCUGGGAUGCACUGUAUUCUGCCCCCUACCCCAGUUCCUACACACAUUCACAAAAACAUUGUGAAGAAAAUAAAUAAAACCAUGGUUGAGCUAUUUUUCUCAUUUUUGUCUCAUCUCGUUUCAUAGAUUGCAAAUAGUCUAUCUACCAUUGGCUACUAUAUGGAUAAAAUAAGUGAAACCAAACAGUUUUGCUAGUAACUUACCAGCUGAAUGUGUUUUGAAACUGAACCUUGGUGUUGUUUUCCCCUCUGAUUAAAUAGUCCUCUUUUGGGUUCCUAUUGGCUCUACAUUUUAGGUGUUUGCUGGUACUAUCAUUUUGUCAGUGAGACAGAGCUGGCAGUUCUUAGUUCUGGUGCGGAACAUUGGCAUCAAGUCUUAGUGAACUGCAAACCUCAGCAUAGAAAUGUGAGUUAAAAAUCCAGUCUUGCUGGUUAGUGUACAAUAAAGUAUUUUUAACAGAAAGAAGACAAUGCUGCUGGCAUAGGAUUUGUUUCUUUUGAAGAAAGAAAGAAAGCAGGAAACAAACACAAAACCUCAAUACAGUAUACAAAUAACAUUUUGUUCAACUACCUCUUAAAGUGGAAUUAGCUACUUUAAUAGUUUCCUUACAGUAAUGUUAAAUAGUAACUGCCAAAUUUGUUAUUUUCCCAUCUCUUUAAAAAGUGUUUAUGAUUAUUUUAUAUAGUUUUGAGAUCUUUAAAGUCACUUUUUUUUAACCUUGCAUUUGCAUAAAAAUAUUUAGCUUUUAAGUGGAAAGCAAAUUCUGAUUAUAUAUUUUGAUAUUCACGACCUGUUUGACUAUAGCAGUUUUUUUUUUAAUGCACUUUGGCUAUAAAAUGGUGGAUGAUUUGAUCCAUAAGAUUUAAAUGCACCAUCCAUUUACUAUUCCGAGACAUGAGCUUGAUGAAUGAUAUUCUGUAAUUAUAAUGUGCCACACAUUACCAUGUCUUAAUUGCCCUUUGCCUGAAUUUUAAUGAUCAGUUUGUUAUUGUUGCAGAUGUGAAUAUUGUGCAUACACUUACUAAAUUUAUGUAAAAUUGUAUAAUGGAAUUGGAAAUCACUAAGUUCUUUUCAUGUAGAAGUGAGCUUACUGUGACAUGAUGCAGUCAUUUGUAUGGCAUCCUGUACUUCUUCAAACUGGAUCAUGAGGUCAUAGCUUCUGUAUAUACUUUUGCAUGAGUAUUUUUUCAUUUAGUUUUUGGGUUCGUUGUUUGUAUUGUGUUUACUAUGUGUGAUCAUGUAGUUGUGCCUUACUUUGUGAGAGUUUAGCUCAGUAAAUACUGUAAUUUCUAACCUCAAUGAUUAGAAGGUUAUUGAUUAUAAAUAUGACAAAUUACCUGACAGCAUUUAAAUCUGUAUAAAGAACAAUGGAAGGAUCCUUACUGAAUUGUUUCAUUUGUUUUUUAAUGUUAAAGAUGAUAUUAAAACAGUUCUUUCUAAUA